AUGUCAAAACAAGACAAGCGUAAUGAGGCUUCACGCUCAUUUUCACUGCAAUCUAAUAGGUCUUUCAGUAACAAUUCAUCACCAUCUGUAUCACGUAUCAAUUCGGCAGGUCCACUAAAUAUGACCAAUUUUAAUAAACAAAGUUCACCAAAAGAUCACCUAUUUUAUAAAAGUGAAGCUUUGAAGAGUAGGUUGCAAAAGAUUGAUGGAAUGGCACCGUUUUUAGAUUUAGCAUUCAAUAAAGCUGAAAAAUUAUGUGAACAACAAUCGUUAUCCCUAGCCCAAGAAAAGAAUACAGAGUCAAUGAGUAGAUUAUCAAUGUCUUCUGUUAGUUCACAUGGAAGUGGAACACUAACUACAAACAACACAAAUAGGACCAGUGGUUCUCAGGGAAGUGGCAAUAGUCUAACUGAUAGUCUUUUGACAUUUACUGCCGGGGUAUUACCACUUAAUAUAAGUGUUGAUUCAGCAACGCAAUUGUGGCAAUUAUUUCAACAAGGAGCUCCCUUAUGUCUCAUAUUUAAUGAGAUCUCAUCUGAUCAUAAACUAGCGGUGGUGAGUUCAGAUGAUCAACGUGUGUGCAAGAAAUCAGUCUAUGAAUUCAUCAUUGCCAUGAAGGUGCAUUUAAAAUUUGAAGAUGAUGAUUUAUUUACUAUAUCGAAUGUGUUUUCUGAUAGUACGCAGGACUUACUAAAAAUUAUCACUGUGGUGAAUAAACUCCUUGAUGGGAAAGCAACAGAGGAUUCCGAUAUGAAUGUUGAUGUACAAAUUACCAAUGAACGAUCAAAAGUGUUUCGAGAAAUCAUAGAAACUGAAAGAAAAUAUGUUUCAGAUUUGGAGUUGAUGGUUACUUAUAAAAACCAAUUGGUUGAUGCAGAGUUACUCUCAUCAGAGCAAAUUCACACCCUUUUUCCCAAUCUUAAUGAAGUUGUCGAUUUCCAAAGACGGUUCUUAAAUGGACUUGAAUGUAAUAUAAAUGUACCUGUGAGGUAUCAGAGGAUAGGAUCAGUAUUUAUUCAUGCAAGUUUGGGGCCAUUCAAAACUUAUGAACCAUGGACGAUAGGACAACUUACAGCCAUUGAGCUUAUCAAUAAAGAGGCAACAAAUCUUAAAAAGUCAUCCAAUUUAAUUGACCCUGGAUUUGAGCUACAAUCAUAUAUCCUCAAGCCAAUCCAAAGAUUAUGUAAAUAUCCAUUACUUUUGAAAGAGCUAAUUAAAACAUCACAAGAGGAUUUCAGUUCCACAGAUGAUCUACUGGAUGCUGCCUUUGCGUCCCAUAAUGAGCUUUUAGCUGCACAAGAAGCAAUGAAAGAAGUUGCUAAUAGAGUCAAUGAAGCACAAAGAAGAGCUGAAAAUGUGGAGUAUUUGCGCAAACUAGUGGAGCGGGUAAAGAAUUGGCGUGGGUUCAAUUUGAAAGACCAAGGGGAGUUGCUCUAUCAUGGUAUAGUUGGAGUACGAGAUGCUGAUACCGAAAAGGAAUAUGUUGCCUACUUAUUUGAAAAGAUAAUCUUUUUUUUCAUCGAACUGGAUAAAGAUAAAGAAAAACAUGAAAAGAAGUUUAAACUUGGGUUGAGGAAGGUCUCGGGUGCUGGAUUAAGCUCGUCGACAGCAAAUUUACUAGAGUCCAUCAACAACGGCACCAACGAUUCCAGUCCAUUGGAACUAAAAGGAAGAGUGUAUAUCCUGGAGAUAUACAACAUCAGUGCUUCAUCAAAUCACGGAUACACAUUGGUCAUUUCAUGGUCAGGCAAAAAGGAAAGUGGAUCAUUCAAAUUACGUUAUCGUAAUGAAGAAACUAGAAACCAAUGGGAACAAUGUUUACGCAACUUGAAAACAAAUGAAAUGAAUUUCCAUCUUAGCAAGAAAUUACGUGAUUCACAAUCUUCCGUCAAUACCAAUGAUUCAUCAAUUUAUGAUUACAAUGGAUCACACAACACCACUGCUGAGUCACCACAACAAUUUUACUCAGGACAACAACGACACUACUCUUCCUCAUCAACUUAUAGUAUGAUGCAACCAAACUCACGCGUCAAAUCGGGAGAACUAUCACGAAUCUCAUCAACAGGAUCUAAUUCAAACGUACAUUCAACUGCAUCAACAACCCCAUCAUCAACAUCAGCGCCCAAUUUGCCCCUUUUUGACAUCAAAGUUAAACUUAUCUACAAUAGACUCGAACUACCUGAUCCUUUAAUCGUGUCGAACCAAACUAGGUUUAAUGAAUUGUAUCAAAAGAUAUCAGGGAAAAUUGCUACCAGUGAAUUGAUUUCGGAGGAUAUUUUGGUUAGUAAAUUACGAUAUAAAGAUGAAGAUGGCGAUUUUGUUGUUAUGGAUCUGAAUGAAGAUUGGAAUUUGGCUAUUGAUGAUUUAGGUGAUGGACGUAGUUUGACUAUUUGGGUGUCUUAG